UACAUACAUCCAUCCGCUCUCUCUCUCGACUCCUCAGAGAUCAGCCCCUUCUUCACACCCUUCUCUCUCUCUCUCUCUCUCUCAAAAUCUCAACGCUACAGGUACAAACGCCGCCAUGUCGGAGAUGGCCCAGCCCGAUCCGGAAGGCAUCGACGGCGUCCGCAUGACCUGGAACGCCUGGCCGCGCACCAAGGUGGAGUCCUCCAAGUGCGUCAUCCCCUUGGCCGCCUCGAUCUCCCCGAUCCGCUACCACCCCGACGUCCCCCACCUCCCUUACCCCCCUCUCCGCUGCAAGACCUGCUCCUCCAUCCUCAACCCCUACGCCCGCGUCGACUUCCCCGCCCUCCUCUGGAUCUGCCCCUUCUGCCACCAGCGCAACCACUUCCCCCACCACUACUCCUCCGUCUCCGAAACCAACGUCCCCGCCGAGCUCUACCCCCAAUUCUCCACCGUCAAUUACGCCCUCCCCGCUCACCCUGACCCCGCCAUGUCGAAUCACCCCCCCGUCUUUGUCUUUUUGCUGGAUACGUGUUUGAUCGAGGAGGAAUUAGGGUUUGCGAAGUCGGCGCUGAAGCAGGCGAUCGGUUUGCUGCCGGAUAACGCGCUGGUGGGGUUCGUGUCCUUCGGGACGCAGGUCCAGGUGCACGAGCUAGGGUUUUCCGACAUGUCCAAGGUUUACGUGUUUAGGGGGGAGAAGGAGUUGGGGAAAGAUCAGGUUUUGGAGCAGUUGGGGCUUGGGAGGAGGGCCGGGCCUGGGGCGGGGUUUCAGAAGGGUGGGGUUGGAGGUGGCGGUGGUGGUGGCGGUGGGCCGGUUUCGGGGCUCUCGAGGUUUUUGUUGCCGGCUUCGGAGUGUGAAUACACCCUUAACUCGGUAUUGGAUGAGUUGGGCACAGAUCAGUGGCCUGUGGCACCGGGAAAUCGAGCAUUGAGGUGCACAGGGGUUGCAUUGAGUAUUGCAGGUGGCUUGCUUGGGGCUUGUUCAGCUGGCACUGCUGCUAGGAUUAUAGCUUUGGUGGGUGGUCCAUGCACUGAAGGGCCGGGUACGAUUAUAUCAAAGGAUCUGUCAGAUCCAGUGCGUUCCCAUAAAGAUCUCGACAAAGAUGCAGCUCCAUAUUUUAAAAAAGCAGUUCAAUUUUACGAGGAACUUGCAAAGCAGCUGGUCAGCCGGGGUCACGUCGUAGACCUUUUUGCUUCUGCACUUGAUCAGGUUGGGGUUGCAGAGAUGAAGGUUGUUAUUGAAAGAACUGGUGGCCUUGUUGUUCUAGCUGAAAGUUUCGGUCAUUCUGUUUUCAAAGAUUCUUUCAAGCGUCUUUUUGAAGACGGGGAACAAUCUCUCGGUCUCUCCUUCAAUGGCACACUUGAGAUCAACUGUUCAAAGGACAUCAAAAUUCAGGGUGUUAUUGGACCUUGUACUUCUUUGGAGAAGAAAGGACCUGCGGUUGCCAAUACAGUCAUUGGACAAGGGAACACUACAGUCUGGAAGAUGUGUGGAGUCGACAAAAGUACUUGCUUCACUGUUUUCUUUGAUGUUUCAUCCAGUGAAAAGUCAGAUUCUUCGGCAGAUAUAAAUCAAAUGUUAUACAUACAGUUCCUUACAAGUUAUCAACUUCCUGACGGGCAAACAAGGUUGCAAGUGACAACUAUUACUAGAAGAUGGAUAGACAGUGCUGUUGGCACGGAGGAAUUAGUUCAAGGGUUUGAUCAGGAAACUGCUGCUGUAGUCAUGGCAAGAUUAACUUCUUAUAAAAUGGAGACGGAGGAAGGUUUUGAUGCCACACGGUGGCUGGAUAGAAACCUUAUUCGUCUCUGUACCAAAUUUGGUGACUACCGGAAGGAUGAUCCAUCAUCUUUUACGUUAAACCCAUGUUUUUCAUUGUUCCCUCAGUUUAUGUUCAACCUACGGCGGUCUCAAUUUGUACAGGUUUUUAACAAUAGUCCAGAUGAGACAGCCUAUUUCCGCAUGUUGCUAUACCGGGAGAACAUAACAAAUGCUGCCGUCAUGAUUCAACCAUCACUUAUAUCCUAUUCAUUCAAUUCAUUGCCCGCGCCAGCUUUGUUGGAUGUGGCUUCCAUAGCAGCUGAUCGUAUCCUCUUGCUUGACUCUUAUUUUAGUGUAGUUAUUUUCCAUGGAAUGACAAUAGCUCAGUGGCGGAACAUGGGUUACCAGAAUCAGCCUGAACACCAGGCAUUUGCACAGCUAUUGCAAGCUCCUCAUGACGAUGCCCAAAUCAUUGUCCGGGAACGUUUUCCGGUCCCAAGGCUGGUGAUCUGUGAUCAGCAUGGUUCGCAGGCAAGAUUCUUAUUAGCUAAGUUGAACCCAUCAGCUACGUAUAGUAACGCUCAUGAGAUGGCUUCCGGGACAGAAAUGAUCUUCACUGACGAUGUCAGUCUUCAAGUGUUCUUUGAGCAUCUCCAGAGGCUGGCUGUACAAUCAUCAUGAGACACCACAAUAGAGUUGGCUAAUUACGGGUUCUUUGUGUUUGUUACAAUUAUGGGGUCCAAGAACUCUAUCCCGUCCAGUCCUCAUUUUGUCUAUUUUCUUGGUUCACGAGAUGAGAUGUCUGGACCCCAACAUUAUUUGAACAAUAAGAAGAGAGCGUUGGGGAGGUGUUUGAUUCCUUAAAGGAAUACGGUACAAAAGGUGAGUUCUCGGUAGAUUUUGAGUUGUACAAGCAUGACAAAAGAAAGGGUGAGAAUGUAAGUGACGGAAACUUUGCUCCAGCAGCAGGCUUGGUCUUCUUUCUUUGUGGUCCUUUAUAUGAUUAUAUCUAUUUUUUUCCAAUGUCACCCAGGUCCGAAAGUUUUCUGGUCUAUUGGCUGAUUACUGAUAUUUACAUGUAGUUUGUUGCCUCGGCUCUUUGGUUGAAAGUUUUGGAUAAUGAUGUUUGAAUUUUUGUUUUCAUGGUAUUGUGGAAUAUACUGCCUCUUCUGCCAAA